UUGGUUUUUGGCCGUCUAGGGGCCAUCUUGAACCCGUCCUUGGGCCGUGGUCUGCAGGUGGCGUAGAGGCCGCUCUGUUCAAGGCAACGCUGGCAGCUUGAUGCCUUCCUCGGUUUUCUUACCCCGCCGUCCUGCCGCAAUGUGACCCGGCGACAGGAGAGACCGAACCACCAUGAGUUGCGAAUGAUGUUGGCGCUGCCCCGCCGAGCGCCAGAGCUGGCACAGAGCCCCAGUGCCAGCAGCGGGGGCAGCUCGGCAGACGUGGCCGCAGCGGCGCUCGCAUGCCUGGCGGGUUGCCGCACCGGCAAGCAAGCCCUGGCCCUGACGCCGCGAGCGCCCUUCCCACGGGCCCGCCGGUGGCGGCCCGCGGUGCCCGCCCGCCGUCCUCCUUGAAGCAGGUCUUGCCAUGGCCGGCCGGGCCGAGCUGAGGCGCCAGGUCGCCCAAGUCGGGCUGCUCGCCAGAGCGAGCGAUUGGGAGUCCGCGAUCCUCCUCCUGGGCCGUGCCGCGGGAGCGGGCGCGCACGACGCGAAGGGCCUCGUGAUGCUGCACAGCGCGGUCAUGACCGCGUGCUCCCGUGGCGUGCAGCCCAGCCGCGCUCUGCUCGUGUUCGAGCGCAUGCAGCAGGCGCGGGCCAGCCCCGACCUGAUCGCCUUCAACUCGGCCGUCAGCGCGUGCUCCAAGAGCAGUGACCCUGCACACGCCCAGCGGCUGCUGCAGGAGGCGAGGGCGCGGCGUCUGCGACCAGACAUCGUGACGUACAACGCGGCGAUGUCGGCCUGCGAGAGGGGAACGUCGCCGCAGGCCGCAAUGAGCCUCUGGGCCGAGCUGCGGCUGGCGCGCCUCGCGCCCGACCCCUUCACCUACGGCACCGCGGUCGCGGCCUUUGCCAGGGGAGCCGCCGUGGCCUCGGCGCUGGAGAUGGUCGAGGGCAUGCUGCGGGAGCGACGCGCCCUGAGCCCGGUCGCCUGCAACGCCGCCCUGAACGCGUGCGCGCGGGGCAGCCGAGCGGACCGCGCCCUGCGGCUGCUGGCCGAGAUGCGCGCCGGGGCGGUCGCUCCGGACAUCGUCUCCUACGGCGCGGCCAUCAGCGCGUGCGAGAAGGGCGGCCUCCCAGAGCAGGCGCUGGGGCUGCUGGCGGCCCUGCGGCGGCAGCGGUUGCUGCCCGACCUGGUGGCCUGCAAUGCGGCCAUCAGCGCGUGCGGGAAGGCUGGGCUCUGGGAGCGCGCGCAGGCCCUGUUCUGGGCGGUGGCGGAGUGGCGCCUGGGCCCCGACGCGGUCUCGUGCAACGCCAUGGUCAGCGCGUGCGAGAAGGGUUGGCAGUGGGAGGCGGCCCUGCUGCACAUGAGCCUCAUGUCCUCGUGGCGGCUGGAGAGGAACGCCAUCACCUGUAGCGCUGCCAUCAGCGCCUGCGAGAAGGGCAGGCAGUGGGAGGCGGCGAUGGCCCUCCUCCGGGAGAUGCCAGAGGCAGUGAUUGAGCCCGGCGCCAUAGCACAUUACGCGGCCAUCCGAGCGUGCGAGGUCAGCGGGCAGUGGGCCAAGGCCCUGGACCUGCUCGAGUCGAUGCUGGGAGCCCGCGUGGACCCUGCUGCUGCCAAUAGCCCAGACGCCGGCUGGUACGUGCACGGCUUCGAGGCUGGUGGGCCUGUGGACGUUUUCAAGCACAUCGUUCUCGUGACGCUGUUGCAGCAGAUGGCGGCGGACGCAGACCCCUUCACCUUCGUUGACAUGCACGCUGGUGCUGGGGUCUACGACCUCACCUCCGAGGAGUCGCUUCGGUGCCGGUGGUUUGAGGAGGGUGUGCUCCGGCUGUCGCACGCUGCCGACCGCUGCGGCGAGGAUUUGGUUGCAGACUACCUGGCCGCUGUGUGGAGGUGCAACAGGGCCUUGGGUGCCUCCCCGGGCGCCCUGAGCUUCUAUCCUGGGUCGCCUGCGCUGGCGUGGCAGUGGCUGAGACCACAGGACAGCGCCGUUCUCUUCGAGGCCGCCGCCGAGCCCUACGAGGCCCUGAGGCGGAGCCUUGCCCUGCUGGAGCGAGGGGCACGCCGCCGCCUCACGCUGCUGAAGGAUGACUCCUACCUGCGGCUCACACUUGGGCGGUUUUCCUGGCCCAAGGGGCGGCAGCUGGUGCUGAUGGACCCGCCAUACGACUCCAUCACGUCCCAUGCAACGUGGAAUGUCUUCGUCAUCAGGCACCUGCUACACAGAGCGCCCUCCAGCUGCGUGGCCCUGUGGUACCCGCUGGUUGACCAGGAGCAGGUCGCAAGUCUGCACAGCCGGGUCCGCAGCCUCGCCGCGGGCAGCGUGCUUGUGGCCGAGAUGCAGCUGGAGACCUCGCGGGCGCGUGGGGCGGCCUUGCAGGGAUCAGGCGUGCUGGUCGUGAACCCGCCCCGUGCUGUCCACGCGCGGCUCUUGUCCGCGCUGCCGGGGCUCGGCGGGGCUCUGCGGGCCUCUGGUUCCCGUGUGCUGUGGUUGUGAGGCCCCGCGGGGCGGUGCCAAGCGGGCGCGCCGACGGUGACGGUCGCGGAGCAGGUCGCCGUGAGCCAGACGGGUCUUGAGCGGGAUCCAGGAGGGGCUGCAAGGUCGGCGACUAGAAAGGGUACGGUUGCGCUGGUGUCUGGUUUGCGAUCUUCGUUCUUGGGGCUCGGGGGGCACCACGUCGCCCUCGUCGGGCCUCUUCGGGGCGCGGCGGGGAACUCUGUCGACCACCACCCUGGGUGCGCGUUGCAAACCACACCCUGUGCAGACCACACCUGUCGGAGUCGCCGACAAGGCUCUGGGAGAGCCCCGGGGCCCCCUUCCUCGACGUCGCGUUGUUAUUCGGUGCGUGGCCCCUGGAGCUCUCGACCCCUGCCCGGGGGCCAGUCGUCCAUCCCGAGCCGUGUUCUGAUGUCCCGGGGCCCGAGAGCAGGCCCCAGAGGCCAGUUGAGAAAGCACGGCGAUGCAACGUCCGUCUCGUUGUCUGAGCAGUGCGAUUGACACCUGGGUCCAGGCUCCACGGCAGAGAGUUUGCUGUUGUUCAUGGUGCCGCGGGCCUCGGCGGGCACGACCGGGGUCGGAGCCGUCGGUAGGGCGCGCGGGGAUGCGCAGGCGCAACCAGCUGGGCUCCUCGCCAGGCGAGCGGCGAUGCCUGGCGUGACGCGGCGGGCAAGCGUCCUGGCCACCGGAUGGAUCCAAGAUUGGGCGACGCAGAAAAAGGAGGUCGUCUUCACCGACAUUGGCGCACAAGCUGCCCGCGUAAGGUCGCGCGUAAGCGCCCUCGUCUUCACGUAGUGUGCCACCCUGGCGGCCCGCGUAACCCACCGCGCAAGGUCGCGAUGUCAAUUCGGACGUAAAUUGACGUUCAUGAUCGUCGUUCAGAUGUCCGAGGCAGACACGGGGGGUGAGGACUAUGCGUGUGUGUGUGUGUGUCUGUCUGUCUGUGUGUGUGUCUGUGUGUGGUGUGUGUGUGU